GGUGGCUAUGUCGAAUUUUGGGAGGCCCCAGGGUGGUGGCAUCAACAUGAUAGGGAUCCUGCUACCAUGCGAACCGCCACCCAUCUCUCGCUUCCGCCGGUUGCCUUCGAGGUUCCUGCAGCAAGGUGAGCCUCAGUGGCCCGUCUCCCGCCCGCAGAGCCAGUACUGAACCAUCUUUUCUUCCCCUGAACAUCUCCUGUACACCCGAGGAGGACCGCGCAGUUCCCCUAGCUCCUCUCACACCUGAGCGAAGUACACAGCUUCACGCUCUGCACAGCUGAGGCUCCCUUCCACAGUCGCAGUCCCGGUAACCGCCAGAGGCGAGAGGCAGCCAGUGGGGCGGAGGCAGGAGGAGCCGCACCUCUGCAGCUCACGGAGCUAUAAGGGCAGGUGGAGAGGCGCGGAGCGGAGCGCAGCGGGAGCCAUGGGGAACCGUGUCACUCGAGACGACUUCGAGUGGGUCUACACGGAGCAACCCCACACGCAGCGCAGGAAGGAAAUCCUGGCAAAGUAUCCAGAGAUCAAGACUCUAAUGGGACCAGACCCACACUUAAAAUGGAUUGUAUCUGGAAUGGUGUUCAUGCAGUUUCUAGCAUGCUACUUGGUGAAAGACUUAUCUUGGAAAUGGAUUUUCUUCUGGGCUUAUGCUUUUGGGGGUUGCAUCAACCAUUCCCUGACCCUAGCCAUCCAUGACGUUUCGCACAACGCCGCCUUUGGGAACAAUCAGGCCAAGUGGAACCGAUGGUUUGCAGUCUUUGCCAACUUGCCUAUUGGCCUCCCUUACUCUGCCUCCUUCAAGAAAUACCACAUUGACCAUCAUCGCUACCUUGGGGGGGACAGCCUCGACGUGGACAUUCCAACAGACUUCGAAGGCUGGUUCUUCUGUACGCCACUUCGGAAGCUGCUUUGGCUUUUCCUCCAACCUCUCUUCUACAGUUUGAGACCUCUGUACGUGAACCCUAAGGCAAUAACGCGGAUGGAAAUCUUCAAUGCUCUCAUCCAGUUUUCUAUAGACCUUAUAAUUUACUGUCUUUGGGGGCUCAAACCUAUUAUUUACUUAAUAGCAGGUACAAUUCUUUGUAUGGGUAUACAUCCCAUUUCUGGGCACUUCAUAGCUGAACACUACAUGUUCUUAAAAGGGUAUGAGACAUACUCUUAUUAUGGACCUCUGAACUGGCUCACCUUUAAUGUAGGCUACCACAUGGAGCAUCAUGACUUCCCCAGCAUUCCUGGAUGCAGAUUGCCAAUGGUGAAGAAGAUUGCAGCAGAAUAUUACGAUAACCUCCCACAUCACCAGUCCUGGAUUCGAGUUCUGUGGGACUUUGUUUUUGAUGACACUAUUGGUCCUUACUCAAGGGUUAAGAGGCUAUGCAAGCUGGCAGAAGAAAGCUAAUGGACUAGCUCUGCCUGCUGCAUUAGUGGUUUUGUUCAUUUGAAUAACUUGAAUUUUCUGCAGGAUGCUUUUGUGUGCUGAAUUAGCUGUUGUUUAUGCUCUUUAGACCAAGAGGAUGUAUGAAAAUGAAGCCAUUGGGUGCAGUAUUUUAGACUGCUGAUGAUUUUUAGUAAAGGAUGUUUGCAUAUGUAACUCUGAGAAACUAGAUUAGAGUGAGCCAUUAUCAUAUGAACCUUUGUUCUAGGGUUAGAAUUAACUUCCUGGGCCAUGCGUGCCUAAGUCUGGGUUUUGGACUCAUCUACAAUGGAGAGUAUUUGGUGCACUG